AACAGGCCCGUUCAUCCAGUUUCGUCGGCCCGAGUUUAAUUAACUCUUUUCCCGAAGAGGCUUUCCAUUUUCCUCAUGACCGGCCGUCGACAGACAUUACUCGAGAACCUCACAAAGAGCCUCCUCGACCACAUCUAAACCUAAAACACCAAAGUUGCUGCGUCGGGCAUUGAGUGCCAUGAUGGUUCGGAGUACUGUUCUCAGUGCUCUGCUACACUUUUCGAACGGGAUUCGUGCGCAAAAGCCCUUGCCAUUCCAUCAUCACCAGCUAAACUCAUCGUCAGGGAGAAGUGGUACGAAGCAUUGCGGUGGCAAUUCUACUGGCAGCAACGCAACUCGACAUAUUGGUCUUACACGUUUGAGAACAAGACACUCGAAUGAUUUUAGGACUGUCAUACAGCUCGGGCAUACUUUAGUGAAGGUAUUCUGGGUGCAGAAGCGUUGUGUCUCUGCACUUGGCAUGGAGGCGCCAUAGUCUACGCGUUUCGCCGGAUGUGUGUAUGGUGUGUCUCACUACCUCUCACUACCUCAGAGGCGGACUGAAUUCCACGCAUCAUCCCUUUAUCGUGGCCAACAUUCCUCAGAAUCCCCUCAAAAAGAUGGCAAUGUCCUCCGAAUGGGGGGAUUUGUUUGUUCGUUCGCGUCAAGUGUUGCUUCUCACAGCGGCCUUGAUUUAUUGACAACAUGGGCGCCCUUCCACCCACAAUGCAGCCCAUGUACGCUUAUCACAACCAUGCCAGGACAUUACACGCGGUAACGUUUUUGCUUGUCCUUCUUUUCAUAUUGAUUCAGGUUGCAAAAAGUCGACAAGAUGCUUACGAAGUCAUCGACGUCGAUCCCCUCGUGCCGGUGGUCAAGCCCGGCCAAAAAGAGACUUCUGUACACGGCAGCGACUACCUGAGGGAAUUCGCGGAGCGGCACAGUCUUACACAAAACAUAUCUUGGUACUCUCAGAGGAUCAGGGUCGUACCGGAAGCCCCUCAGAGGUUCCCAAUGACAAACAUCAAGCGCGCGUUUGCGGGCAAGGAGUUUCAAAACAUUCGUUGGGAUGACGAGAGUUUCGACAUGUACCCCAAGGGCGAUGCAAACGAUCUUCCCGUAACCACAAGCAUACUACCAGGCGCCGUCGACGCUUCCGAUUUGCUGUUCGGCAUCUCUACGACCUACAAGCGCCUCACAAACGCCAAUGACUCUCUCAUCAUGGACUGGCAGAGGUGGCUCACGAACGGCCAUGGCAAAUCGAACGGGGCGACUGUCGUCGUGACGCUUUACCGAGCUACCAGUGGAGAGGCGUGGGAAAUAUACGAGAAGCUGCAAGCGUUCGGCAUAGACGCUACAGUGGUACCUUUGGAAAAGAAACGUGACAAGCCUUCGAGAUAUCUUGACUUGGUCACCAUUCUCAUGGAUGUAAACGAGGCCUUGACCGAGCAGGAACACGGCAAGAAGUACUUUGGCCUCCUGGACGACGAUAUCUUCCUCCCCACCCCAGGACAGCUCACCCAAAAGCUUUCCAAGUUUGACGCCUCGAGCCCUUACUACAUCGGGCUCCCCAGCGAGCGGCCAGACUGGUCCGUCGAGAACGACACGGCAGUUACGCACGGCGGCGGUGCCAUCUUCCUCACCCCGCCCGCUGCUCUCCUCGUCUCGCACCUCCCGUGUAGGCCCGAAGAAGGGUUUACCGGAAACCACACCAAAUGGGACAACAUCCUCCACGACUGCGUGACGACCCACACCGACCUCUCCUUCCAUAUCCUCCCGAGCUUCUACUCCCCCACGGAUGCCCUCUACAACAUCCAAGCAGCGACCUACGACCUGGGCGUCUCCCCGCUAACCCUCCGCCACUACAAGUCCCGCCACCGCUUCGACCCCAGCCAGGGCCACGCGGUGACGUCCGUCUGCGGCGAGGCCUGCUUCCUGCAGCGCUUCCGUUUCGCCGACGACUGGGUGCUAGUGAACGGGUACUCGCUCACGCACUACUGCGCCGGGUCCGAGGUCGUGCCCAUGGAAGCUGACGCGGAUCUCCAGGGGGCUAUGCAAUAUGGUCAGGAGGCUGAGAUGCCGCUGGGAGAGGGUAUCGUGCUGCACGAUUCUACGGAAGAUAAAGAAGUUGUUACGUGGAGGGGCACGAGGAACGUAUGGCUGUUGCUGGAUUCUGUUGUUGGGGAGAAGGGCGAGGUAUGGCAGGCGUACGUGAAGCGACGAGGCGGCUCGGGCUUCAUGGAUGGAGAGGAGGAGGGCGAGGAUGGUGAUGGCGACCAUCUGGAUUCUGUUGUUGUGCUUAUUUGGGAGUCUUGA